AUGUCUGCCCCCUCCGUUGCCAACUACAUUGUCAAGCGCCCAUGGCUCAAGCGCUGGAUGACACCCAUUGCCAACUGGUACACCGACGCCGCCGGUUACCGACGUCUCGGGUUGAAGUUCGACGACCUCAUUCCUGAGGAGAGCGAGACCGUCCAGCAGGCGAUCAAGCGUCUUCCUCCUAAGGAGGCCUACGACCGUGUCUUCCGUAUCCGCCGCGCAUUCCAGUGCUCUAUCUCCCACACUCUCCUUCCCGCCAACGAGCAGAUCAAGCCCAGCGAGGACGUCGAAUACCUAAGCCCCAUCAUCCGCGAGAUCGAGAAGGAGGCUAAGGAGCGUGAUGACCUCGACAACCUCGUCGUCCGCAAGUAA